AGCGCGCAACGUGUUUGCAGCUGCAAUGCAUCGUCGAUGAUUUUCGAAGGAUGCAAGACCCGUGACCCAUCGUUCUUACCGCAGCCUUGUUGCGUUUGUCUAUCCCAGGAACUCGCGUAACAUGUUGCUCAGUGACGACCGAUGACGUACCCAUGACCGCCGCGGGACGAUACACGCGGCCAAACAAGCUGUAGACAAUGGGUGAAAGAGCUGCGCAUGCGUUGCAUUGACCCUAGACCGUUGAACUUUAUCACCUCCUCAUAUUGAUACUAAAUAACUAGAUUAGCUGCCUCGAAGACCCUUAGCACACGUGGCAUAAUCCACGGCUGAAGCACCAUGCAAGCACGACAGGAGCCCAUUCUCGUCGACGAGUUCGAGGUUGGACUCGACCGAGCCAAAAUCACGAAAUCUGCGCAGAUCCAGCUACCCGAAUCGCACGAUUCACAGAACCACAGCGCGGACAUUGAUGUAGAGCCAGACAGUCCGUCCUCAUCCUCUCACAAUGUUGUUGAGUCGAUCAAGCUGAAGAAGCACAAAGCUGGGGUCAAGAUCAGGAAGACGCUGCAUAUUGGGAGAGCCUCGGACGAUUUUGACCUGACCACAACAGCCAUCGCAGGAGGCAACGAGGAGGCAUCAGGAUCACGAUAUGUAACCGACCCGCCAGAGCCAGACAAGGCUACGUUCAAGGACUUCGUCCACAACCCUGUCGACACUGUCAAAGCGAAGGUGUCGGAGCACGGUAACCAGCAGGUCGCAGGACAGAUUAUAACGAAAGAGGUUCCCCAUGGCGACGAGGUUGACCUGAUCCACGCUUCAGAGGCAGUUGAGACCGCAAAGAACGAUGCACAGCGGCUACUUGCAAUCCAAGAUCUCUCUAAGUUGAUGAAGGAGCGCCAAGCGACUUAUGCGCGCUGGACUCUUGAUCGCCAUGUAACAAAGGUCAGGCUGCUGCCACGAGAUCAGAUACGGUUAAAGCCAAGGUCAGAUUUCGAGAAAUACAACCCGCAAGAGGGUUUGGUCAUCGACUGGAAAGCAUAUGGACAGCAUUUGCUUGUGUACUACGCGCAACAGUACGGAGGGCAGUACAUCGGAUACGGUUCCGAUCCACCAGCACCGUCAAAGCAAACCAUCAUGCCAAACAUCGAGCGCCUUUUGAUCGCUUCCUCUCCACUUCAAGAAUUCAUCAUGACAUCGCGAAGAGUUUACCGGUGGGAGCACCCUCCCACGACGACCAAGUACCUAUUGAUAUAUUCCGCUCUCUGGUAUUUCAAUAUGUUACUUCCAGGCUGCCUCGCUGCAUUUGUCUACCUUGUUGCCGAACGUCGCGCUCACGGCAACACUCUACAAGACUUGCGCGAAGAUAUCGAACAUCGAGAGAACCAACAUGUGACUGCCUUGUCUCUGACAGAGCUGAUCGUGAAGGAAGGUGACGAGAACUGGUCCGAUGACCUCCUCGAGGGCCUGGGCCCGUGGCUCAUGGUUCAGCUAGCGGACUUGGCCAACUUCUUCGAGAGCAUGCGCAAUUUUUACGAAUGGCGCGUUCCUCAUCGAACAAUGCGUACUCUGAUCGUUCUUGGUGUUACUACGCUCGUCACUGCGCUGAUCCCUAUGUGGUUGUUGGUGAAGAUCAUGACAUUCGCCAUGGGUGUCACGUACUUCGCUCUUUACCCGAUUGCCGUCAACUUCCCCGAGUACAGGCUCUUGGUGUCGCCUACCAAACGCUUGCUAUGGAAUAUCCCAACACAUGCGGAGUGGGCCAUCAAAUACAUACAAGCCGAAGGAACUCGCCUCGCCCAAGCAUCGACGCCUGUGGCACCUGGACUUGCAACGCUUUCUCCUACGUUCGACCCGGCCCAUGACUACAACAGCUACACUGCGCAUCAGGAUAAAACCACAGGCCGCCUCAUCGUGAGCGCUGGAGGAGUCCGAUUCGUUUCAAACCUUGGACACAAUGUCUUGUGGUCUCUUAGAUAUGAUGAACUCCAGAAGUUCGAGAAGGAGGACCGCAUUGUGCAGAAAAAUAUUCCAAGCAAGUUGCAGAGGGACUCGGGCCAGGAUCUGAAGAUUGGCGGCAGAGAUGGCAGGGAGUACUUGCUCAAGCAGGUGGAUAAGCGUGACGAGGCAUUCUCCCAGAUCGUUGGCUUCUCGAACAUUGAAUGGCAAGUCGUUUGGUAAGGCACUGGAUGUUAUCUUCCGUCGCGGUGUGCCUGAAUAGGACUGUACCUUGAAGAUCCACAAUUCGCUCUUGGCUUGCCCGACUCCUUGCUUCUUAUGGUUACACUAUCUCCGAUAUCGUUGGCCGGCAGCAAUUACCUAUGUCAAGCACCGAUAAGACUUGCACCUGGAUGCUUGGUCACGCCAGGCUCUCAAGCGCUUUUACAAUGCGUGCGCCUCGAAAUUGUCACACUUGCUUGACGCAUAUGCUCGGUGGACCUUCGAGAGGACACGAUAUCAUGGCGAGCCCUUUUCCUGGACAUGAAGCCGCCCACGAAGCCGAGCAUCAUGAUUGCGAAG